UUUGGUGAAGUUCCAAAUGAAAUGACUAAACUACCCAUUUCAUUCCCUGGCUUAGGGUUUCACUAUCUCAUCCCAUCUUCAAAAUAGUCCAGUGGCUUUCAUCUGUAGGCGGCUAAAGAAAGAGUUCCAUCGUCUCUCCGCCGCAACGCAAACAUGGGUAUCUCACGAGACUCGAUGCACAAGAGGCGUGCAACUGGAGGGAAGAAGAAGGCAUGGAGGAAGAAGAGAAAGUAUGAACUUGGCCGUCAGCCUGCAAAUACCAAGAUCUCAAGCAACAAGACAGUGAGGAGAGUUCGUGUAAGAGGAGGGAAUGUGAAGUGGAGGGCCCUGCGAUUGGACACUGGGAAUUACUCUUGGGGCAGUGAAGCUGUCACCCGCAAAACACGUAUCCUUGACGUGGUUUACAAUGCCUCAAACAAUGAGCUUGUAAGAACUCAAACUCUAGUGAAAAGUGCAAUUGUUCAGGUGGAUGCUGCGCCAUUUAAGCAAUGGUACCUUCAGCACUAUGGGGUUGACAUUGGUAGGAAGAAGAAGGCUGCUGCUACAAAGAAGGAAGGCCCUGAGGAGGGUGAAGGGACUGCGGAGGAAGCAAAGAAGAGCAACCAUGUAGUGCGGAAGAUUGAGAAGCGCCAGCAAGAUCGUAAGCUUGACGCCCACAUCGAGGAGCAGUUUGGUUCUGGUAGGCUGUUGGCUUGCAUUUCUUCUCGGCCUGGUCAAUGUGGCAGAGCUGAUGGAUAUAUCUUGGAAGGAAAGGAAUUGGAAUUCUAUAUGAAGAAGCUUCAAAGGAAGAAAGGUAAAAGUGCCAGUGCCUCAGCUUAACCAGUAUCUGACGUGGACACUUUCCUUGCUCAUGCAUGAGUUAACUUAUUUUAAUGUUGUGUUAAUCUACUCCUUUCUGUCUAUGACAAAUGUGGCUUGUCAUAAAUUAUAUUUAGAACUCCGAGAAUUUUCGAUUUGUGUUUGUGUCUAGAAAUUAGAUGGGUUGGCCUUAUCUGUGUUGCACAAUUCACUUUUGAUCUAAAUAUAAACAUAUCAUAUCGUUUGUGGUUA